AUGAUGGCGCCGUUUCAAUGCGCAGCUGUGAUCCAGGCAGAAGACUUGGGCGAAAGCAGGCUGGAGGAAUAUACGAAGGCCUUCAAAUGCGCACAGCAACGGUUCCAGGAGCAGAUCAAGUCUGAAGAGCGAUUGGAGGAGCCCUUUCACACGGGCAUCUACAUGACUGUCGACGAGUUUCGCCGGUGGCAGACUCCGAUCAGCCCCACCCACGAAAACGUUGUGUGGCUACACCAGGGGGAGGUGCUCAUAUUGGGCAGCUGA